AUGGCGUCUUCGAAGAUUGUCGACCCGUCCGAGCCAACACCGGAAGCAUCGCGUUGGCAGCAGGAGAGUGAACUGCUUCGGGUGGCGACGUUGUGGCAGCUUUCGGAGAGCGAGUUGGAGGAUUUGUCGACUUUGGGACAACGUUUGGUGGACGUCUCGCACUGGAAAAACGAUCCCUCCGAAGUCGUGCGGUUUCUACGCGCUCGUCCGAGCGAUGUGGAUGCCGCUGAACGCAUGUUUCGAAACAUGAUUGCUUGGCGUCUCGCCAACAGGGUGGACACUAUUUUGCAAGACUACGAACCUCCACCGAUCAUGUGGGCGUACUAUCCCGGCGCCGUCUUGCGAGACUUCGACCGCGCCGGCGAUCCAGUUUACGUGGGUCGGAUCGGGGUCACCGACGGCGUGGGCAUGUUGCAGCGGUUCGGCAGAGACGAAAUGAUCCGACACGCGAUUUGGAUUCGCGAAUUUGUGUCCCGCGGCGAAUGGAUUCAACGCUUCGAAACAAGGCAGGGUCGCCCGGUGCGUCGAGUGACUCUCGUGGAAGAUUUACAAGGUUUGUCCGUGUCGCAUCUGAAUCGACAACUCUUGUCGGUAUACGGGGAGAUUAUGCGACUCGAUCAGGACAAUUAUCCGGAAACCGCCAAAAAGCUCAUCAUCAUACGUGCACCGUUGCUCUUUCGAACGAUUUGGAAGAUGGCCAAGUUCUUUUUCGAUCCGGGUGUGGUCGAGAAGAUGGUCUUUGUGAGUGCCAAGCAUACCGCAAAGGUUUUGGAGGAGUAUUUGGAUUUGCACAUUCUGCCGUCGUGCGUGAUUCCAGAGGGCCAAGGGCAAGCCACGGAUGGUAUGCCGAGCCGUUUCGAAGGAGGUCCGUUGCCAAAGGGGACGGAUGGAGUCUCCGAUGGGAAAUGA